GGAGCGAGGCUGCUGGCCUUAAAGGGACAUACACCCGGCACGGCCGCUUUUUUACGACAUGGCGGUAGCCGAGGCCCCUGAGCACACGGGCAUUCUUCAUGCGAGUCACACGUCGACAUCCUACACAGAUGGGUUUUCAGCAGUUUCCUUCUCCAAGUACCCCAGGCACAAACCAUUCAUUAAUGCUGACCUAUGCCGAUCCCCCGCCAAGCCGGUAAUUGCCUAUCCAGAGAGUAACAGCAAAGCUAUAUUCUCAGCUCUGAAGAACCUGCAGGAGAAAAUACGGCGGCUGGAACUAGAAAGGGUCCAAGCGGAAGAGAAUGUGAAAAACCUGACCAGGGAGACCUCAGAUUACAAGAAAGUUCUAAGUGAGCAGUUGCUGGAAAAAGAACAAUCGAAGUUGCAAGUGUUCAAGAAAAAUGACGAGUUGGCAGCACAACUGACAGCAGCCGAGACUCGCUGUGUACUUCUGGAGAAACAGCUGGAAUACAUGAAGGAAAUGAUAGCGCAGGCAGAACUUGAAAAGACGACCGUCCUGGAGAAACAGGCCACCUUGGAAAAGGAGAAGAUCGUUGAUCAUUCCCAUGUGAAGUCGAAGUUGGAGAGGUUGGAUCUGCUUGAGAAAGAAUACACGCGGCUGACUUCAAUGCAGUCUCAUGCAGAGAAGAAAAUGGAAGAGUUGGAAGAGAAGCUCCAGGAGGAAGAACGUGCUCGGAAGCUGGUGCAGGAAAAAGCUGCUGAGCUUCAGACAGGACUGGAGACAAAUAGAAGGUUGCUUCAGGCCCAGACCCUGCCAACACCAGUCUUGAUGCCUUCGAAACCCAAAAAGAUGAAAAAAAAAUCAAAGCAGCUGGAGAAGAAUGACUCGGGAAUGACCCACUUCCACUCCCAGCCCCACUACAGGCUACGACUGGGCGAUGUGCCGUUUGUUGCUGGGAAGUCUACCAGCCCAAGCCACUCGGUCACGGCCAACGUGCAGCAUGUGCUCCACCUCAUGAAGCAGCAUUCGAAAGCCCUCUGCAACAGCCGCGUGGUCAGCGAAGCCCCGAUGAGUAAGCCGUCGAGUAGGGGCAGGAGAGCAUCUACGUCUUCCCUUUCUUCCACCUCCCAAGGAGAUCUUUCUGAGGUGCUUCUGACAUUACAAGAUGAGCUCGGGCAAAUGAGUUUCCAACACCAGCACUUAGCAAAACUCAUCCAUGAAGCUGCAACAAUGGCCUUAAGGAGAGACUUGGAGAAGGAUUUGGAAGUGCUGGUGAAGAAGAUGGAAGCCAAGGCUGAACAAAUCAAUAAAAUCCAGAGGCAUCGGGCACGGCUGGAGAAGCUCAAGGUCAGCAAGACCAAGCAGCACGGCGCUCGGGAUUGCUGUAAAGCGGGCGAAGAGAAGAAGGUGAAAGAGGCCAGCUUGAAGAGAAAGCCUGUUGGGCAGGGCAAGAAGAACCUCCAGCUGCUGAGAGACAUGCAAAGCAUACAGACCUCCCUCCAGAAAGAUGACAUCAGUUGGGACUGCUGAAUUGUCUUCCCCUCGUGUGUGUGUGUGUGUGUGUGGGUGUGUGUGGGAUACCAUAGUGGCACCUUGUAAACAAAGGCUUCUCCUAUUCUACCUGUAUGCCUGAUUGUGUUAUCAUCGUGGAGAGGAACUGGGGAUGGGUAGAAA